CGAAUACUGGCCUUUUACACCCUCCAGCAAUCACUCCGUCAAUUAACUCGAUUAUCUGCGUUAUACUGAGUACCUAGUCAAUGUUCGGAGAGGAAGUGUCGGAGAGCCCGCGCGCUCCCUCGCCUUGGAACAACCUGGUGGCCACCCCUCCCGCCUCUUCGCCGCACCUGAAAGCAAUAACUGGCGGGGAACUCACGCGGAUACCCAAACUGAUUCCGGAGGUCGAAGAAGGGAAUGUGGAAUAUAAGUUAAAGCUCUUGAAUCCGACAGCUGCGCGCUUUGCGCGACUCGUCACGCAGCUUAAGUGGAGGCUCCUUGAAGGCGGCGGCCAAGCAUAUUACGAACUCGGGGUUGCGGACUCGGGAAUGCUCGUGGGUCUCUCCCGCGCCGAUCUAGAGGCGUCAUUAGAGACGCUUGAAAUGAUGGCGGGCGAGAUUGGUGCGAGCGUCAUCGUCGUAAAAGAGGUUGAGGUGCCGCGUGCCAUGGUCGAGAUCGCGGAGAAGCUGGCUUUGCGCGAGCGCGACGACUCGGGUACCAGCGUGGAGGACGAUGGCUGGACUAUGAUGCGCAUGGGUAGCUGGGAGAGCCGCGCCAAGAAGAAGUCCGGCGGUUCGCCACUGCUCGAGGCCGCUUCAUCGUGGACGCCGGGAUCAGAACCCGAGUCGGAGGAGGAUGUUGUCUAUGGUUCAGCCAGCCUUGCGACUAUCAAACCGGGAGAUUUCGAUACGCUGCCUACACUACGACUCGAGCCUCCCCCGGAGAAUGGUGAUGCGAAUCCCCUAUUCUCGAUGGAUCCAGAAUUGGAGGCGACCUCGUCGGAGGUAGACCUUAGCUCCUCUGAUGUCGACUCGGACGCGCCUUCGUCUCGGCAGUUCGACAUCGACCUUGCCAUAGCAUCGGUGUUCAAGCCUCGGCCGAUCCGUCGCCGUGUUCAGGGCACGGACGUUCAACAGGGUUCGAGGCGAGGCAAGGACAAGGACAGGCCAGCGAAAGUCAAACGUAGGGGCGCGCCGCCUUCGUUAGUGGACUCCUCGACAUCCUCCGACCCUAAAGCUCCGCCCACGAAAGCCGAGGCUAAGGCGCUGAAACGUCGAGCCGCGCGGGACAAGCGUAGAGACGAACGGCGCAAGGCGCUGCUUGGUCAGAACGGUGACGUUGUCGAUACGCAGGACGCAGUCGGUCCUGCGGCCAUUGCGGACACGACGUCAUCCGCCAAUGCUGCAGACGAUCAUGCUAUACUCGUUCCAGAACCGAUGGUAGAUCCUGUUGCGUCGGAGGCACCCUCCCUUGCGGCCCGACUUGACGGUCUGCACGUCUCACAUGAGGAUGCGCCGAUUUUGCCGACCAGUGAUCGCUCACCGAGCUCGAUCGACGAUGGCAACAAGGAAGACAAGGAAAGCGACCGUAACAGCGGUGGCAGUGGUUGCGAAGCUCCCGCCGGCAGCAACGUCAGGGCUUUGAGACACCCCGUUGCAGCAGCAUAUGAGCCGCGAUUGAUCGUGGAGGCGCUCGUAGUGCGUAAAAUGUCUCUGGAGGAGGGGUUCCUGGAUUUUGAAGGCUUCGAGGUCGUAUGAUACUUGUUUGUAACUACGGCCCUCCUGUCGCAGUUGGGCGUUUAUACUCACCGUUGCACGCGCUGAGUGCAUGACCGC